GACGCGUAGUUGAGCCAAGCAGGUCCGAUGCACAAGUUAAAGCGACGCACAGCGGAGAUGAAGGCGGACUCCGAUUGGCUCUGAUUUUUAAAAGUCCUUUUCAUUCAAGAGGUUGCCCAUUAUCAACAUGGCAGAGCCCUCGGUCUCAGUACCCACUGCAAAAAUGGCGUCACUUAGCCGGGUUCGAGCCCUGACUUUAAUUUUUUUAACUGUCAGCGGAUACCUAAUUGCCCCGACAAGUGGAAAGGAGGGGAGCGAAGAGACGGUCAUCAUUGGACUGCGGCUGGAGGACACGGACGACAUUUCUUUCAUGGAUAAGGGCUUUCUGCGGGUCAGUGAGAGAUCUCGGGUAAAACUGAGGAUCUACGGCCAAAACAUAAACAACGAGACGUGGUCCAAAAUUGCCUUCACGGAACACGAGCGGUCCAGAGUCAUCGGGAACAUCGACAGCUCCACUGGGGACAACAAGAGCCAAGAGGAGACGUCAGGAUUGCAUCCCUGUGGGAUCAGGACUUCGGAUAUAAUUAUUCUGCCCAACAUAAUCUUGAAUCGUAAGACUACGGGGAUUGUUGAAAUUGAGGUCAAACCCUUGCGAAAGACGGAGAGGAGUAAAGCGUACUACCUGUGCAUUGCCACUUCAGCACCUGCUGUUGCCGGAGCGCACGAUCCGUGGAUGGAAAACACUUGGAUCUAUCACGAUGGGGACGACACAAAAGUGAUAGUGGUAGAGGAGAGAAAGUUCUUGCUUCCUUUUUGGCUGCAGGUGAUAUUCAUUUCGAUGCUGCUUUGCCUCUCUGGGAUGUUCAGCGGUUUAAAUCUCGGACUCAUGGCGCUGGACCCCAUGGAGCUUCAGAUUGUUCAGAACUGCGGCACGGAACGAGAGAAGAACUUCGCCAGAAAAAUUGAACCGGUUAGAAGCCAGGGGAAUUACUUGCUCUGCUCUCUUCUUUUGGGAAAUGUCUUGGUGAAUACCACCUUGACGAUUUUGUUGGAUGAUAUUGCGGGAAAUGGAUUGAUAGCUGUCGUGAUGUCCACCAUUGGCAUUGUCAUAUUCGGCGAGAUUGUGCCUCAAGCAAUAUGCUCCAGACACGGUCUCGCUGUUGGUGCUAACACAAUAUUGCUAACCAAAUUUUUCAUGCUUCUGACAUUCCCGGCAUCGUAUCCAGUGAGCAAAUUGUUAGAUUACCUGCUGGGACAGGAGAUAGGCACUGUAUACAACCGAGAGAAACUCCUCGAGAUGCUGAGAGUGACGGAUCCGUACAACGACCUGGUGAAAGAGGAGUUGAACAUCAUCCAGGGCGCGCUGGAGCUGAGGACUAAGACCGUGGAGGAUGUGAUGACGCCGCUGCGGGAUUGCUUCAUGAUCCCCGGCGAUGCCAUCCUCGACUUCAACACUAUGUCCGAAGUCAUGGAGAGCGGCUACACGCGUAUCCCAGUCUUUGAGGGGGAGAGGUCCAAUAUCGUGGACCUGCUCUUCGUGAAGGAUCUGGCGUUCGUGGACCCUGACGACUGCACGCCGCUGAAAACCAUCACGAAGUUUUACAGUCACCAAUUGCAUUUUGUCUUUAACGACACAAAGUUGGACGCUAUGCUGGAGGAGUUCAAAAAAGGUAAAUCCCACCUGGCCAUCGUCCAGCGGGUGAAUAACGAAGGGGAGGGGGACCCGUUCUACGAAGUGCUUGGCAUUGUCACGCUGGAGGAUGUCAUCGAAGAAAUCAUCAAGUCCGAGAUAUUGGAUGAAACAGAUUUGUACACUGACAACAAAACAAAAAAGAAAAUUACCCAUCGGGAAAGGAAGCAAGAUUUCUCGGCCUUCAAGCACACCGACAAUGAAAUGAAGGUUAAAAUAUCACCUCAGCUUCUACUGGCUACUCUGCGUUUCCUAGCAACAGAGGUGGAACCCUUCAGCCCAGCACAGAUGUCGGAGAAGAUCCUGCUCCGGCUCCUGAAGCACCCGAACGUCAUCCAGGAGCUGAAGUACAAUGAGAAGAACAAGCGGGCCCCCGAACACCAGCUCUUCCACCGCAACAAGCCCGUCGACUACUUUAUCCUCAUCCUGCAGGGGAAAGUCGAAGUGGAGGCCGGCAAGGAGGGGAUGAAGUUCGAGGCCGGCGCGUUUUCCUCCUAUGGAAUGAUGGCUCUCUCAGCCACUCCAGUUCCCCUCUCACUGUCUCGCUCCUUAAUGGUCAGUAGAGCAGAGUCCCUAGCUGGAUCUCCAGAGAAUAAGUCACCUCCACGGCCGUUUGCCUUAAACCAUUCUGACUCCCUGAAUCGCAACGAGCGGAUCGACUCCAUCACACCCACGCUGGGCAGUGGCAACAACCAGCUCAACUCCUUCCUGCAGAUCUAUGUGCCCGACUACUCUGUGCAAGCUGUCACAGACCUACAGUACAUCAAGGUGACUCGACAGCAGUACCAGAACGCUCUGAUGGCUUCGCAUAUGGACAAGAUGCCCCAGUCAUCAGGCACCGAGGGCGAAUACACACGCAUCGAACUGACUCUGAACGAACUGCAGGAUGGCCCACUGGUGGCCGACCAGACCGCCUCGCUGCUGCUGCACCAGCAGCCGCCAGCUACACAGACGCAGACACAGGCGUUGGCUCAGACACUAACGCAGACGCCGGCGCCACAGCAGAACUGCGUGAGCCACAGCAAGCCCAACCACACGGCCCACAGCGAAGGGCCCAUAUAACCUCUCCAGGGGUGGAGGGGGGGGCAGAGAGACGAGAGGGGGAGGUGUGGGGGGGUUGGCUAGAGUUUAGAUG